GUGAAUACAGGGACGACAUAUAUACACUUAUUUUAUUUUAUUUUUAUUUCUUCCUUCCCGACUGCUUCCCUCCUCUCUCCCGGCUCACCUUCCAGAUCACACCAGGAGGGACUUUCAGUGGUAGAUCUGAUGUACUUGGUGGUUGAUCUCAAUUACUCUGAAGAUCAUGAUGGCCCUUGAACGCAAAGAAAGUAUGCAGAGGAACUGUGAGGCCUCUAUAAAAUGCCUCCAGAAUAAUGGAAUCCCAUUCAGUCUGCAACAUAGUGGAAAUUCUGCUGAUGGGUUCCAAGAAAUUUCAGAUGAAAUCAGUUGUCAUGGCAGCAAUGAUAUUCCUGAAACAAACCACCUAUUGGCUAACAAUUUCAUUGAACGUCCAAAUGAAUUUCACAAUAAACCUGCUUAUCAGCAUAAUUCUGGAUCAUGGCAAGCCUUCCAUUUUGACUCUCAAAAGGUGCAGCAGUGCCAGAUGAGUGCUUCCGAAUGUCAGUUCUACUCUUUGCCAGUGGAGAAUCGCUUCCAAUAUGUUCCUUUCAAAAUGUUUGAACAGAAUUAUCAUUGCGAUCGUCGGUUGCAAGAGUUCCAAUAUUUUGUGGUUAUAGACUUUGAAGCAACGUGUGAUAAGGAUAGAAAUCCCCAUCCGCAGGAAAUAAUUGAGUUCCCAUCUGUAAUUGUUAGUAGUGUGACUGGCCAACUAGAAGCUUGCUUUCAAACUUACGUGCGUCCAACGUGCAAUCAGCUCUUGAGCGAUUUCUGCAGGGAUCUAACAGGAAUUCAGCAAAUUCAGGUGGACAGAGGUGUUACUCUCAAUGAAGCUCUCCUCAGGCAUGAUAAAUGGCUUGAAAAGAAGGGGAUUAAGAAUACAAAUUUCGCGGUGGUAACUUGGUCUAACUGGGAUUGCCGAGUCAUGUUAGAGUCGGAAUGCCGUUUCAAGAAGAUUCGGAAGCCUCCAUAUUUCAACCGAUGGAUCAACUUAAAACUUCCAUUUCGUGAGGUUUUUGGGGGAGCACAAUGCAAUCUAAAGGAAGCGGUUGAGAUGGCAGGCUUAGCUUGGCAAGGUCGUGCUCAUUGUGGUCUUGAUGAUGCCAAGAACACUGCUCGUUUACUUGCCCUUCUUAUGCAUAGAGGCUUCAGAUUUUCCAUCACCAAUUCAUUGAUGUGGCAGACUUCUGACUGCCCAUUCCAAUGGAAACAAUCCCCAGGAGCCAUGACACUCACUCCACAACCGCCAAUGAAACCGAAGCCUGUGCACGUACCCAUCAUCCAAUACUACCCGUACUGUUUCUGCGGGGUUAGAAGCAGCAGAGGUAUGGUUCGCAAGCCAGGACCAAAGCAAGGGAGUUGUUUCUUUGGCUGUGGGAACUGGACUGCUACCAAAGGUGCACGUUGCCAUUACUUCGAAUGGGCCUCGCCCUGAUGCAUCGAAACACCAAUGAAUCCUUCUUAUUCGAAGCGUUCACUAAAUGAAUUUAUGUAAAAAGAAAAAAAAAAAAAAACAGUCAAAAAAUAAACAAAAGAGUAAAAGAAAAAAUGUAUUGGAAGAUAUGAAGUUUGAUUUCUGUCUCCUGGUAGAAGGUAAACUUGGGUGCUUGGUGAAGUUUCUGAGUCAUACAGAAUUAGAUGAGUUGCUGGUUGAAUAUUGUGAAAUUCUGCUCCUCAAAAUGAAAAAAGAAAACACAAAAACAAAGUAGUUCAAGCUUUUGGGAGCUUCCAACUUGUAAAGCUGACUUAUUGACUGGAGAACCUAUUGGGGUGUGAGCUGUGAGAGAUUAUGGGUAGUGUUAGGAUGGUGCUUUUAUAAUCAUCUUUCAGGCAUAUGCUAAAUUAUCUGAAUAACCUUCUGGAUAGGUAUGCUUUCCUUAUUUUCAUCUUUUAAUCUUAUUCUAAUGGCAAUCAGUAGAAUUGCUCAUAUCA